AUGGCCGAACACGAGGAGGACCACCCUUAUCAUGCCAAGGAUGCCAUCGGCCAGGCCAUCAAGGCCACCCUCAUCACCGGCGGAGCAGGACUCUUCAUUUCCACCAUUCAGAACACCCUCACUCGCCAGAAUGUAGGCAUGAUGGGUGUUUUCACGCGGACUGGAGGCACAGUCGCGGUCUUUGCUGCAAUGGGCGGCGCAUACUCCUUCACCUCCGCGGCUUCGGCAAACUUGCGCCAAAAGGACGACACAUGGAACGCGGCAGUCGGAGGUCUUUUCAGCGGCACAAUGUUAGGAUUGAGAUUCCGCUCGGCACCAGCCGUACUUGGCUACGGCUCUGCCAUGGCCGUUGUACUCAGCGCAUUCCAAUUUACUGGUGGCCGCCUCGAUGGCUACAAACGGGAUCCUGAGAUUGACGAGGUCGCGAGGAAGGAGCACAUGCGAAAGAACAGGAGGCGGCCGAUCGAUGAGACCGUACACCAGUUGGGUGAGGGGCGAGGAAUCUAUGGACCUGGAUACCCAGAGCGGAGAGCACAGAGAAUCAAGGAGGCUUACGGUAUUGAUGUACCAGGUGCGAGGACCGAGUAG